AGCUCAUACCCACCAUCUCCUCUGUCUGUUCCUACAUCCUUCUUCACUUAACUUCUGUCAGGAAAGUAUGGAUCACAUUCAUACUUCGACUCACUCCUGACCAAAUGUCUUUGAUUGGUUGAGUUUCACCACAUUUUAUUAAAUGCCUAAUUGUAUUUCACUAGUGCUCCUUCAAUACUCAAAAAAAUCUGUUUAUCCGAGAAUGUGAUGCUAGAGCAAAAGUACCCACAAAAUGGCUGUUAAAUGGAAAUCGUAAUGGUCCAUGUGGGUCUCUGCUGGUAAUUUAUUGCCUUCUAUUGGUGGCAUGUUGUAUCAAGUGGAUACCAUUAAGGACCAAUAAUGCUAAUGUUUUCAAUAGUUAGCUGAUGGUUUGUAAUGGUAUUUGUAGUGGAAACCAUUAAAAUUUGACAGGUUCUAUUGUUUUUUUUUCAGUCUGGAUUGUUCUAUUGUUUUUUUUUGUUUGUUUGUUUGUUUGUUUGUUGUUGUUGUUGUUGUUUUUUAGCAGGGAUUCAGCAUUAUGAAUAUGACCCUAAAAAUACCCCGAGAAAUCCUGUCAAUCUAGUUGGCUAGAACAUUAGCCGUGAAAAUUAUAACAUUUUCACUGCAGGUACUCUCAGGAAUCCUGUAAGGUUGGCUCAUGUUAGCUUGCCGGCUAGCAUUAGCUUGUUUGUUAGCGUUAGCUCUGAAAAUGAUCACAUUUCUGGCCAUGUCAGUUUGGCUCAUGUGAGCUAGGUGGCUAGAGAAAAUUCCAACAUUUAUUCAAGAGUCUGGAAUCAUCCGGGAAAUCCUGUCGGGGUUGAAUUAUGUUAGCUUGCUAACGCUCGCUGAGAAAAUUCCAACAUGUAUGAAUAUGACCUAAAAAUCCUUUCUGGUUGGCUAACGUUAGUGUGCUGGCUAAUGCUAGCCGUGGAAGUUUUUGAAAGUUAACAUUUAUGAAUAUGACCAAAAAAAAAAAAAAAAAUCCUCUUCGAAGUUAGCUGACCAGCAUUGGCUGGGGAAAUUAUAACCUUUAUGAAUGACUUUUUAAAAACUCCUCUCAGGUUGGGUAAUGCUAGUUAGCUAGCAAACAAAAUAUAUAUAUACUCAUAUGAAUGCCAGUGACUACUUUCUUCCUACUUGAAAGACACGCCCAAACUCCCAUCUAUGGUCUUAAACACACACUUUCUCUUUUUCACUUCUCCUUAUUUUGCCUUGACAUGCUGUAAUUAUGAGAUCAGGGCUGCUGUGCUUUUUUUGUGUGGUUGAACUAGGCACAUGUUUGGCUUUAUUGGAGCUUAAAUCAAGCCGAACUGUUGAUGUAAUCAUUGACAGAAUAAUCAUGACUGUUGUUGUUGUUUUUGUUUUUUUUAAAUGUAUUAUUAUUUUAAUAUAAGUUGAAGCAGCUGGAACAAAAUUUCUGGGGAAAAUAGUGGUACAGUUAAAACAUAUUUUAUUUUAUUAUUGAAUUGAUUUGCGCAUGUUGUGCUGCUGUUACAUGGUGGGUGUGAAGCAAAGCGGUGCAUUAAUAUAACCGAGUUAAUGCUAAUGAAGUACUCGUAUACAGCAGUUCUGACACGAGGCUCCAUUAUGGUGAUUGCUAGUGCGAGGGCUGGUGGAGAUGCCAGAGUAAACGCCUGCUAAUUGUACAGAGUCGAAGUGAGAACAGGCUUUCUUGCGCACGUGUCUAAAUUCCUUUGUAAUGAAGGACACCGGGAAGAGCUCGGAAUGCGAGUCGUUUAAAAAGCCAAAAAUGCAGGAAAGUUAGCCAUGAAUCAUUCCCUCGGCGUGCUGUGUCAUGGCUGUGACAUAGGUGUGUGACUGAAAUACAGAUAAAGCAACAAGGCUCCUGAGAUGAGGUGAGAUAACCACAUGUAAAUGUAUACGGAGUUUUUAAUGUUGUCCUUACAGAAGAGAUGAGAGACCAAGUAGGGAAAGAUUUGCUUAGUGCUGGACUACGUCUGAGGAUACAGACGGGAGGGAGGGAGAGAGGGAGGGAGAGAGGGAGGGGCGGUGGCGAGGUUGUCCGAGGGUGAGCUGCGGGAUUGUAACAGUGCCGUGGACUGUACUCCGUUCAACUCCUGUUCAAAUCACACAAUAAAGAGUGCCUCCUUUUAAAAAAAAAAAUAAUAAUAAUAAUUUAAAAAUCCACUUCCUGUGGCUAGUGUUCGCUCACUCGUUUCAUCCUGAGGAGGGAGCGAGUGUAAGGAUGGAUUUUAUCCUCUGGAUGUUUUAAUCACUUGUGACACUUACCAUGUGGACGGUGUUCUCAGAGUGAAGCCUCUUCUCGUGGGCUGUAAGGUGACCGUUCGCAAGUGCCUUGAUGCUGAUCAACAUGUAAGGAGCUCCUAAGGCUAAAUUGGUCAACACUUGAACAUUUGAUGGUGCGGAAUGUUACCACGAAGUCAUAGUGAUGAACGGGAUGAGACAAACGAAACUGGCGCCUUCCAGUCCAAAAGAAAAGAACUGGGCAAGAAGAGAGCCCAGAGCCUCAAGCUCCGGCAUGGCCUGUGCAAGAAGAUCCAGAAAGUUUUUCAGGGUCCAGCAGAGCUUGACGCUUAUAACCUUCAGCAAACGUCUGCGGAAGUGGAGGAAGACAUGUUCGUCUAUGGAAUAAGCCGGGAAGCUUCUAGUUAUGAGUCUGGUAUCGCCUCAAGUAAAAGUCCUAUCAAAGCAGACGAUAAACACCCGGUGGAGGAGGUUGAUCUAAACAGUGAAAAUACCAUCAAGAUCCCAUGCUCAGUACCAACAAACAGCCCUGCCUCAGAUCAUAAAGUCUUGGCUAAUGCAGAUCUUAUGGACAAAAGAGCUAACAUGGAGGAGCCACAAACACCUGAGAAAGAAGAGGAAGAAGAUGGAGGAAGAAGCACGGAAAGACGUUCCAGCACUAUAGUAGAGCAUAUUUUGAAAGAGCUUCAGGGUAUUAAUAAAAUCCAGGAGGAGAUCUCAGACUUGAGGCAGUACCUGAACUCGGUGAGUGGCUCCGUUGAUGAGGUAUCCUUCUGUGUGGAUUCUGUGCUGAUGGAAAUUGAGGGGCUCUAUUCUGCGAGCGCUUCUGGUCAACCCUCACCUCAAAGGCUAAUGGUUCAUCACAGGAGCAAUCAGAUCGAUGUAGCACCUACCAUAAGACGUAGAAGUCCGUUGUUAAAGAUGCCUGAAAAGAACGAAACUCUUUACUCUGGUGUACCAAGAAAGUCCAGAGCACAUCAUGCUGAGAUUUCAGACAACUCCGAUGAGUCAUCGUGCAGAGUAUGCCCUUCUUCUAAUUACUCCAGUCAUGACGGGGUUUAUGGCCAGGAUUUUCCAAGUUCUAGUUCCUUGUCCGGUCAUAGCUUUAAAGGUAUAGAGCAUGAUGACCGUUACCAUUCCAUGGAGGCAGAUCUACAAAGGAGUAGCUGGGAUACCUCAAGCAUGCGUUUAAGUGAGAGUGGAGAUGGAGGAUGGAGUGGGGACACAGGGUGGAGUGAGGAGGAUUGCUGCUCUUGCCAGAAUAGUGUUGACUGUUUAGAAGACCACAGACAACCUGAUACCUGGUGUAGAUAUAAUGGUGGAGCAACUAGCAGCACUCCAGGUCAUUCUUCCCAAAGCAGCUCUGAGCACCUUUCUUUACUGUUUGGACAGCAGUACAGCUCACUAUCUAGCUUGUCCAGUGCUGCAGACUGGAGACAUCCCAGAAGACAUACAGGCCCUGAUAUUGAAUGUGACUGCACACCGAAUUGCCCAUAUUCCCGUAGCUCAGGUUACCACACCAUGGAUGCGUAUGCCGACGACCUGUGCAGUGGCCCAUCCACAAGCAUUAGUUGUUCCACUAUGGUGCUGACCGAUUAUGAUGAUGUCUGCCAAGAUUUGCACUCUUCUUGUGAAAACUACCUGAAUGUGGAUGUGUAUUCUGGAGACAGCAACGAGAGAGACUGGCACAAGAAGGUUUACCCAAGCAUGUCUGAAGAACAGCUUGAUCCAGAUGACUCUGAGAAUAUGGAUGACUUCCAGCAGCGUAACGUUGAUAUAGUAAAGAUAAACAAAGCUGUGCUGACCUUUCAGUCUGCUCUUCAUGGAGCCAUAAAGAGGUUUGAUGGAUCUCGUGAGAAUAAUUCUGACAUUCCUGAACAACAUUCAGAUGAACUUGUGGAGGAUGACUCAACUGUGGAGGGAUCUGAUUUGGAUCAGGCGAUACGAUCUAGCAGCGAGACCUUAGAUCAAAGCUUGUCACCUUACAAGAGAAUUGAUACCAGACGAUUUCAAGAAGAAUAUGAUCUCAGUGACUUCCAACUACAAAUGGACCAAACGGAUGACUCGCAGAUCUUUGAUCCUCAGGAAUCAACUUCUGGUACAGUGUCUCCUUCGUGUAAUCAAACUGAACACUACUCGGUGGACCGUUCAUCCAGUGGAGAUGAACCUUUAGAAGAUCAAGAACUUUUGUAUGAGGCUGGUUCUCUUGAAUUUAUCACAGAGACGGUGACUGUAGAGAACGUUCAUAAGGAAAUAACCCAGUUUGCCUGUGAAGGCACUGAGCCAGGAUCUCUGGGGACAGUCCUUGAAACAGAAGCUGAGUUCGAUCAGGUAGCGGCUCGGGUAAACUCGGGCACUGGCGACCCUGAUCAGGUAGACCCUCACCACCAGAAGUGCCUUGCCAAUAUCCAGCGUGUUCUCAAGGAGCAGAGACAGAGACAUAGGUUGUCUCGGUUUUCUAGAGACACAAAGCAUAUUUUUUCAGAGGAAGAAUUCAAUCCAGGUAUAAUUUGCAUAUAAACCUGUCCAUGUCUUUAAAAAUGUUUUAAUCUUUUGCAGUGAACUUACCAUAGCUGUUCGGUCUUGUUCUGUUUUGCAGAGGAAAGCAGAGAGGUUAAUCAGGUCACUUUAAAACAUUUUGAUCAAACUUUUUACUUGACUAAAAUUGCAUUCACACAUUUUUCCAUCUUGUCUUAUUAAUUCAAACGAUGAUAACUAAGAGCAUGCUUUGUUUAUCAGUGCAUGUGACCCAUGCAGAAUUUUGUCCUCAGUCUCAGUGCCUGUUUUGGUCGCCAUGUUAUUGUUUAAAAGUACCGUCUGUGUGUGUUUGUAUUUAUGAAAUGUAAGCUUUUUGUCAUCACAUCCUCAGAGGAAAGACAGACACUGAGAAGAAGUGU